AUGGAUGAUCACCCCCUCGACGAGCCGCCCUUUCUCUCCCCGGGCUCGCUCUCCGUCUUUGACGAGUAUUCUUCCAACCCGCGCUUCAUCGAGCUGCAGGAGGAGCUGCGAUGCGUCCUCUUCGCGGGUGUAUCGAGCCAUGACCCCAGCAAGAGCGCAACUCCCGAGCUGCCGGAGGCCAGCGCCGACGGGCUCGAGGACCGCCGGCCCCGUCAGGCGUUCGACUUCUCGCGCGUCUCUAUUCCCAAGGCGCGCCUCAUCAGUUACUUCAAGAACUGGAUCGUCGAGUGCUCUCCAUACCUCGACAAGUUCGACGACGAGCGCCACUUUGGUAUCCACGUGCCACUACUCGCUCAGACAUCGCCGCCCUUGUUCCACGCCAUGCUGGCGUUCUCGGCCCGCCAGAUGGAUCUCCGCAAGGCCAGCCCCGACGCUGGGUACGACAGUUUGGAGCUCUACCAGGAGUCUAUCCGCUUGCUCGCGCCGGGUCUGCAGGCCAAGGACCCGAACAUGCUCGUCACCGCCUGCAUCCUCGCCGUGCUCGAGCUCAUGUCUGGCAGCCCCAAGAACUGGCGACGCCACAUCGAGGGCUGCGCCUCGCUGUUCGAGUUCUUUGCCGUGACUGGCUUCUCCGGAGGUCUCUUGCAAGCAGUGUUCUGGUGCUACGCCCGCAUGGAACUCUGCGGUGCCAUCAUCUCGGGAGGGGCCUCGAGCACAGUCUUGCCUCUCGACAAGUGGAUUCCGCCUCUACCCGAGGGCGUCACGUCCAACGACGCCGCCGACGACUUCUCCAAGGGCAUAUUCUACCAGAGCGGACGUGACACGCCGGGGAUGCACGCCAACUGGGCCGUGUACCUUUGUGCCAAGGCUUGUGACCUGAUGUGCCGCCGCACGCGCCAUCUUGAGCUCCAGGAACCCGACGACCGCGACACGCGCCCGUUUGUUGACCAAUGGACCCGACUUUGGGACGACCUGCAGUUCUGGCUCAAGGUGCGUCCCGAGGCCAUGCUGCCUUUGGCAGUCGGCGACCCCGGCGAUGACCUGCAGGUGUUUCCCACGAUCCUCUUCACGCACUGGGCCGCCAUCUCGGCCAACCAGCUCUAUCACGCGGCCUGCAUCAUUAUGCUUGAGAUGCGCCCCGCCGAGGCGUCGCUGCCCUCUCCACAGAGCUCGGCGCUGUGGCAUGCGCGCCGCGUGUGCGGUAUUUCAUGGACGAACCCGCACCGCGGAAACCUCAUCAACGCCAUCCAGCCGCUAUACCUGGCGGGAAGGCUACUGAGCCACCCGAGCGAGCACCUCGAGGUGGCCAGACUGUUCAAGAUUAUUGACCGUACAACGGGCUGGGGAGCGUUGUGGCGACUCAGGGAUCUGGAAGCGGAAUGGGGAUACGCCCCGGGAGAAAUACUGGCUGCCAUCUAA